GAAAAAAAACAGGAAACCGAUCUGUACAACUAAGAUGGCGGAGGAGCAGCAAGAAACAUCACAGGGGGAGAUGGAGGGUGUGAACUGCUUGGCGUAUGAUGAGGCCAUAAUUGCGCAGCAGGACAGAAUUCAACAGGAGAUAGCCAACAGUAACCCGCUAGUGUCAGAAAGAAAGGAACUGUCCGUGCUGCAGAGGGAGUACUCCGAAGAAGACACGGUUUAUCAGCUCAAGAUCAAGGAUUUGUACAAAAAAUAUUCAUAUAUCCGCAAGACAAGACCAGACGGCAACUGUUUCUACAGAGCCUUUGGCUUUGCACAUCUCGAGUCUCUACUAGAUGACAGCAAAGAACUGCAGAAGUUUAAAGCGGUUGCAGCGAAAAGCAAAGUGGACCUGGUUAACGAGGGAUUCACCGAGUUCACCAUCGAGGACUUUCACCACACUUUCAUGAGCCUGAUCGAGCUGUGUGAGAAGCAGCCCAGCUUGAAGGAGCUGCUGAGAUCCUUCAACGACCAGAACGUGUCAGACUACGUGGUGGUGUAUCUGCGACUGCUCACCUCGGGCUACCUGCAGCGGGAGCACGGCUUCUUCCAGCACUUCAUCGAGGGAGGCCGCUCGGUCAAGGAAUUUUGUCAGCAGGAGGUGGAGCCUAUGUCAAAAGAAAGCGACCACAUUCACAUCAUCGCCUUAGCCCAGGCCCUGAACUUAUCCAUCCUCGUGGAGUACAUGGACAGGGGCGAAGGAGGGACGGUCAACCAUCACGUCUUUCCUGAAGGCGGCGACCCGCGCAUCUUCCUCCUCUACAGACCGGGCCAUUACGACAUCCUAUACAAAUAGCAACACCCCCUCCCCCCCCCCCCCCCUCCACACACAACGCGGAUGAAGCAGAAUGUUACUCGCCAUGUGAGAUGACACUCGUGCGUCCUAAGCAAAAAAAAAAAAAAAAAAAAAAGGUUCCAAGUACACAUCAUGGUACCCCCCCACUUCGCCCCUCCACAAGUUAUCACCAAAUAUCUAAAAAAAAAAAAACA